AUGAACUUCACGCUAAGUAAUAUAAUAGGCAGCACAUUAGAUCCAAGGCCCCAGGUCAUCCUUCAGAAAAACGUGUCAGUUAUAUUACGUUACGAUGAGGUAUGUUCUUUAGCUAGUAAGUGUCAUUAAAAUCUAUCUACUCAUAAAAAAAUGAGCAUGCUAACUUCUCUAGCCGAGAAGUGAUUGAUUGAUAACUGCUUGUACUGUUUUAGGAUAUUCUUGUUUUUUUUCUUCUUCUUAAUCUGGAGCACUUUGAAAAUCAAAGAAAACUCAGUUGGUGGCUUAAAACUUGCGGAACUUCACCACGAUGUAAUCUGCGAGCUGGCUCUUAGUUUUCUUCUGAGUCAGAGUAGUCCGAGAGCAUGCGUUAGGAGCGAGCAGCGAAGCCGCGAGGAACAAGGGCAGUCCUUUUUACAAUUAAUUUGCAUAAUUUCAAUUUUCGCUAGCCGCGCGUGGCAAUGAGGUAAGAACCUGACGACCACUCACGGUCUAGCCACGAUGUAACCCCUUAAUAAGGCGUUGUAAAAUUAUGCACUUUCUUUCUUUCGUGUUUCGUUUGUCGCUUUUACUUAGUACCAGGUAUAAAAAUAUCUACGACGCCGACGAGUCAUUCACCUUUCUUUGGUUUUUGUUAGUUUUAUCUUAUCUGAAACUUUAAAUGUCUUUUUUAAGGGACUAGGGGCACAUUGUGUCUUCUGGGAUUUUACUGCCAAGUAAGUGUGACAGAAUUUUUCAAUACGCACCUGAAAGGACUUAACAGCAUCAGGGGUUAUUAGUAUGAGUUGAUUUAUAGUUAUUUUAGAUAAUAAUUGGACAAUUCUAUAGAGAAAAUAUCUUGCUACCGACUUUAAUGCCGUUUAAGGGUUGAUAUACUGCUGCCCUUUGAUUGGCCUUUACCUUUAAGCAGUCAUACUCCGGAACUAUAUUUCAGAUCAAGUUUCAACGGUUCUUGGUCAAGCAAAGGAUGUUCAAUGGUCAAUAGAACCAAAACGGAAAUCACAUGCACUUGUAACCACCUCACAAACUUUGCUGUUCUUAUGCACGUUGGAGCAGACAAUGAGGUUAGUUGGAGCAGCUUUUUGGCUUGUUUUCCGCAUGUCCCAAUACUAUAACAACCCGCGAGUAAGAACCGAGAUUUUAAGAACCGUUUAGGCUAGAAUUUGCUAGUUAGGGCACCUCUACACAAGCACCUGUUUAGCCUAAAAUGUGAAACAGGUUCUAUGAAAAAUUCUCUCAAUUUCCAUACAUUGCUUUAUUGUUGCUGUGUUUCCAUGUUUGAUAUACCGCAGGAUAUAUCGCUCCAGCGUUGGAUCAGAUGUUAGUACCUGCGAUUUAUAGCUAUACUCUCUCUGACUAGCUAAUAUCGCAGAUUUCCAGAGAUGUAGAUGUGAAAAGUGGCGCCAUGAACUCUUUUUCGCAUUGUCAUUUACAGUUUUAGUGACUAGAGUAAUAAGAAGGCCAUGCCUAUUUUCGCCAUUGAGAGUACUUCUUUGCAAAAUAGUAAGGGGCCCUGACUCUUUCCAAUAUUUGUCUUUAUUGAUUUAGCGUAUUUGCAAACAGUUUUUAAACUAUCUUUCCAACAGGUUCCAGCAGAUCAUAAGGUGGCAUUGAAAGUCAUUACUUACGUUGGGUGUGCUCUAUCGCUUAUCGGAGAGACACUCACCGCUGUCGCAUAUUGCGUCCUCAUGUGAGUUACAAAUAGUAUACCGUUAUAAAAGAGCUCAGACAUUUAGAUUUGGUUUUUGUGAUAUCCGGAAUGAUCAAGGUCGAGGUAAGCGUUUUUAUCUUGGUUUCAAAUGCACCAAGUAUAACCUGGGGAAGAGUGAAACCAAGAUUGUCGCCUGCAACAAGCAAACAGUAAGCGCUUGAACAGGCUAGACGUUCAACAGAAAAACAUGGGGCUGUAAGAAAUUUAUCUUCCAACGAGCCACAAGGGAGAGGGACGGGGAGUCAGCCGCCCUCUUCACAACCCCUCGUAGCGCAAUUAGGCUCUGGAUUAGCUUGUCAGACGUUCAUUUAUGAUUUUUAAAUCAAGAAAGCAGAAGCACCUUAAGAUGGGAUUUUCCCUCUUUGAAAAAAAUAACAUUUCAAUGGGGUUCAAUUAUUUUUUGCCUCGUUCAGGGAUUUGAAAGAAGACCAAACUCAAAUCCACUUUAACCUUGUGGUCGCCAUGGCGAUAGCACAAAUUACGUUUCUUGCUGGAAUUGAUGCCACAGAAGUUAAGGUAAGCUAAAGAUGUAAGUUAAUCUGAAAGAUAGAGAAAUGAUGAGCAUUUUGUUGGCCUGAAUGAUAAAUUGAUCGCCAAAACAUUUAAAAAGAAAAAUCACAAAUGAAAGACUUUUGGAUAUAAAAGAGUUGAGUUUUGAAUAACUUAAUAUCAUUAGAUGGCUUUUCCAUGAGCUCGAUUUUACGCAAAUGAGCUAAAAAAAUGUGGUCGAGUGCUCUUUAGUUCUCUUUAGUAUCUUUGCUUUAUUUUUUAUUUUCAAUCAUUUAUUUUUUGUGGGGGGAGGUUGGUAAAAAGCGUACCGUUAUGGACAAUGUGAUGACGGUGAAUUCCGUUUCUUUAUAGGAACUGUGUGUGUUUGUAGCAGCCAUGAUUCAUUACUUCUAUCUGGUGGGAUUUGCUUGGAUGUUAUUUGAGGGUGUUUACCUGUAUCUGAUGGUUGUCAAAGUGUUCAAUACGGUCAUCAGAUGGCGCUUGUUCUAUGGAGUGGCCUGGGGUAAGUAUUAAAGCAAAAGCCUACCGACAGAAAAUGGCCCGUUGGUAGAUCUAGUCAAGAGGACUUGACUUGUAAGUCCCUUCCGGGAUCAAAAUCAUUUCGUUAAUUGACCACUCCAAAAAUACCAUAACAUACCAUAAUGCUCUAUGUUUGUCACCCCAAAAUUUUGCAUAAGAAUUGUUUUCAGUUUCUCUUGGGGCCAUUUUAACUCCCAAGAGAAACUGAAGACAAUGCUUAUGCAAAAUUUUGGGGCGACGAACAAAAAGAGCAUUAUGGUAUGUUAUGCCGGGUAUUUUCUGGAGUGGUCAAUUGAUUCCUGGUUUAUCUAGUUACUUUCCUUACGUAAUUACAAGGACUUGCAAUUGAGACUUGCUAUUCAGAGGAAUUUGUACACUCACUUCUCCACACCACAGGUCUCAUAAGAGCGCUACACUGACGUAUCUGACGUAACCCAACUGAGCCUAACUUUUCAUUUUUCUCUUUUUCGUUUUCAAUCAAACCUUAGGACUCUCCCUUUUGAUUGUGGUUUUAUCGAUCGUGAUUGCUUCCGUUCAAGACGGCGGGAUAGAAAGCUAUGUUCAUGAUCAUUUGUAAGUAAACAAACCAGAUCUUAUUACUACCGAACAAAACGGAGCAAGAAAAACUUGGAGGUUUCAAGAAUCUGUUUAUUUUUUUAUUACCAUCUAUUUAUUUAUUUAUUGCAAAGUUACUUAUGAAAUUUGCCCAAACUGCCUUUUUCAGAGGAAUUAUUAUGAGCACGUUCAUGUUACAGGCCUAAAAAAUUGGUUUUCAAACAACUGAAAUUUUUUAAAUAAGUCUUAGUAGACUUUUUCGUCAACAUUUCCAAUUUUAAUCGUCAGGUUUUAUCAAGCAAUCCUUUCUUAGUAACACCUUGAUUUUCUUUAUUUUUUUCAGUUGCUGGGUUUCCUUCAAAAAUAACCUUAUCUGGACGUUUGUUGCGCCUGUUCUCUUAGUUUGCACGGUAAGGGUAAGAAAGUGAAAAUCUCCCAUAAGUGAAUGACUUUGUUAAGAGAACAAGUUAAAAAAUGAUUGCUUACAGAAUAUUGAGGCUCAUCUGUAACUGAUUAAAAAUUGAUAUAAUCAUCAAAUAUUUGCCAUGAAAAUGUAAGACGUGAAACUGAAAUUAAUAACGAUUCAUGUAGAAAAAAGAAAACCAGAAUAUUUAGCUACCUUUCAUAUCAUAGUCUUGGUGGGUUACAGUAAGCCCAUAAAUGGACUGAUAGCGGCUGCCAGUGCCGCCCUUGCAUGCUGACGUCAGAGCUUACUGUUAACAUGUAAAUAGAUACUGUAAAGAGGACACGUUUAUUGUCCUCUCGUCCACGGCAUUUCAUUUAUUCAUUCAUUUGCGGGUAAUAAACACAUGUGGGAUAGAGCGGUGCGGUGGAGCGGAGGCUGUGACGUCAACUUAGUGUGAUAUGCUUGAGAUGUUUCUUUGAUCGAUUAUUUAUCGAUUCUAUUUUAUCUUUUCAUUUAUUUAUUUAUUUAUUUAUCUAUUUAUUUAUUUAUUUACUGUAGUUAUAUUUUCAAGACCUGAGAGAAAGAAAGAAACAGGGUCCAAGGUUUCUGCCAUUAAAAGAUAUCUUAUUUUCAUGCAUUGUUUCCACGCAGAUAAACUCAGUUUUACUUGCUCGAGUGGUUCAUGAGAUCCUAAGAAUGCAAGCUGACAAAACAUCUCAUCUGGAAAGAGUUCGACAAGGAGUUAAAGCAUGCGUAGUUUUGUUUCCUCUUCUGGGACUGACCUGGGUGUUUGGUGUCUUAAGUGUCACAGAUGCUGGACUCGUAUUUCAGUACAUCUUUACCAUCUUCAACUCAUUGCAGGUAUAGUACUAGAAAAUUCAACAUGUUAACUUUUUGAGCAGUUUGAGGAAAUAGCCGACAUUUCGCAGGGGCACUUAACGAGAAUAUAGUUCAUAGCAUUGUUGAACGUAUUUUAGUAUUUAAACGGUAGAUAUAGGCAUAUUUUCAUCCCCUAAAAAUUUUUCAUCUGUUCGGCUUUCCUAGCUGAAAGUCUAGUGAUCCGAAAACUAUAGGGAUCAAAACUUACCUUUUCGAAAAUUUCAACAAGAAAAAAGGCUCCGGAAAAUCUUAGGGGACCUUUUUAGGGUACAAAUCCGUUAAAAAUGUGCAAUUAUACAAUGUUUUUAGAUGUUAGAAAAUCCAAGGAGAGGCGGGCAAGCAAGAAAUUUUACAAAAAAUGUCCCGAAAAUUCUAGAUCUCAAAUCGUCUUCCGAACAGAUAUUUUCCGAGAAUUCACGUUGGGUGCUCUGAUUUCGCGACGUCACCACUGGUUUCCCCAAGAAAUGACGUUUGGCGAAGAACGUCCAUACUGAUGACGUGUCACAACCCAGAUCUGGGAAGCGCUUCUAAUUCGAUGAAGCAGAUUUUAACCAAUCAGAAGCACUACCCAGAUCUGAGUAGCGACGCUUAAUCAGUAUCAGUUUCUCGAACGUCAUUACGCGGGGAAACCAGUGGUGGCGUCGCACAAUGUCAGCUGUUUUCUCAGGCUAACCGACAUGUCAAUUUGCGGAUGUUUUAAUCAUGCAGCUAAUAUUCUUUUAUAAAAAUACUUAGCUCGGUGACUAAAAAUGCCGUUUUUAUUCUCUCAUUCGUUCAUUUAUUUAUUUAUUUAUUUUGCCACACAAGCAUUCGAAGUUUACUCCAGACUUUGACAGUACUGUCAAGGAAUGUAGCGAUCGAGAAAAUUAACAUGACAGAACAUAGAAUAGUAGAGAUGGUGGGCGGUACCUGAUACUAUGUACUGCGAUUAACCAUUGACUAUAAAUUUUGCCUUCAUUUCUUCUUUUCUCUCACCCUUAUGAAGGAACUUAACUUUCUUUUUUUGGGUCGAUACACAAAUUUUUAGGGUUUGUUCAUCUUCAUACUUCACGUUUUGAGAAACAGCGACGUACGUGCAGCAUACUCUAGAAAAAUGCAGAAGAGGAAUGCAGCAAAAAGCGUGAAAAACUCUCAAGAAAACCGCAAUGCAAUCGUAUUGUGGUCAAGCAAAGUGACAAAUGAACCAAGUUGUACAAAAGAACCUUGCAGUGCCUCUCUAAGAGCAUCGGUUGGAGUAAAAAGUAAUAUUGACAAUGCCCUGCACGAGGAAAGAAGCAUGACUCCCGUUGACACGUGA